CGUCGUCCAAGCCCAAGAAUAGAAUGAGGCGUCGCAGCAGGGGUUGUCUGCGGUCCACGUGAGCGAGGCCAGGGGCGGCCCGAGACGGUCGAUAGUGGCGUUGUCGUCGUUGUCCGCGAGGUAGAGGGUGGCGGCGCCGGUCGCAGGGAGGACGGGGGCACCGGCGGCUGGUGAACUCGGAGGCUGCGGCUGCGCGACAACGUCCGUGGUGGUGGUGACAACUACGGCGAUGCGACCAUGAUGCGGCAGGGUAUGGAGGCUUCCUCGCCUGGGCUCGGGCGCAUCAGCACGGCGUCGGGCCGUUGCCGGUGGCGUCGAGGCCGGCUCACGCACGGAUAGGGCGCCCAAGGGUGAGCCGCCGCGGUGUGUGGGCGGGCUGAGCCGGGCGUUCCACCACGAUGCGGCGGGGAUGAAAGCCGCCUCGCCGGGGCUUGUGGGGCAGCACGGCGUCGGGCCGUUGAGCAGAUCUUCUCCAUCCUCGAGUCCAACUUCCUGUUUGGCGCACAGGCGCUGGAGCCGGCAGGGGCAUGCUCUGCGGGGCGCGCUCGCCGCGGCCGUGCUGGUAAGGCUCGAGCGCUGACUGCGGGAGCUGUCCGGGAACCCCGAGGCCCGCGUAGUGGACUAUUUCAAGCAGGGUCUGGCGCCGGAUGGUUCCUGGCGGCUGCGUUGUUCGCGCGCCGGAUGCCAGCGGAGGCGGCGUGCGACGUCGUGGCCAAGAACCGCAAGGUGUUCUCCGGGCGCCACGGCCGCGGUGGGUUCUUCUCCGGGGCCGAUGCAGGUUUUGGAAUUGCUUGAAGUUGUACAGUUCAGAUGUCCAUACACUUCAAUGAAAUACCCUCAGCUGCUUUCCAAUCUGAGAGUUGAAUCAAAGAUGUCUCAAGAACUGCGCACACAAUUGAGCGAGUCUGAGAAAGGAGAGCUAAAAGGAUUGUUCCAUCAUAUGCUGAAAUGGGCCUGGAGAUAUAAUAAAUAUCUUGAAGAACAGACAGCCCAGCUUCACAUGUUAACUAGCUGGUCGAAAAUUGUUGAAGUAGUUGUAUCAAGAAGUAAUAAUUUUAAGACAUUGAAGUUCAGAACCUCUAUUGAAACUCUUUCGUAGUAUUAUAUGAACUUCUGUAUUUGAACUCUUUCAUAGACGUUUAUACUGAGGUUGCUCUUCUAUAGACAUUUAUAGAGGUUGCUCUUUUAUAGACAUUUCGAAGCAAGCCGCUAAGCCCAAGUCUCGAAUCAGGAUUGUCGUCGUUCGUCAGUUCCAAGUAUUUGAAUUCUUCCGUAUCUCUGCUCUUGAUUACAUAUGGUGCGAGAUUCUAAUUUCUUGGACUAUAGUGCAGCUAGGACAUUGUGGCGGCAACGGUGGGAUUUGGGUCGGCGAGCUGCAGGGAUUUGCUGGACGCGCGCCAUCACAUGUCGAGCCACACAUAGUGACCGAUGGUGGCGGAUUAGAGUUGGAAUCCAAGAGGUUUGUGUGGUUUCAGUUAUCCGGUGAUUGGGCAAGAGCGGAGCAACAGAGGCCGGCCAAGAACAAUGACCAGGGAUAACACAUCUUGCUCGAUUUCCCGAGCGACCCAAGGUUGGUUGCAUCCUGCAUGACCUCAUAUUGUUUAUGAGAGUUUUGUGAUGUUCUUUCUUUAGAGAAGUUUUGUGAUCUUAAUUCAUGAGACAUUUGACGUGAUACUAUGUGGCUGUAAACACAAUCUGCAAUUCAGAGCAAACAGAGUGAACAAACCAAGGACAUGCAGGUUAGUCCGUUAGUGUCUUACUUUUCUUUUUGUAAUUCUAUCGUACUGUAUAGUUAGUACAAAAUCAUCAAAUAUUCAGGAUAUGUUUACAAUUUUGUGAAACUGAAAUGUGCAACAUGUUCAGUGGACUGGUAAAUUAUAAUUUUGUGAAACUGAAAUGUGUUACUGAAACCUGACUGGUGAUGAACUAACCGAUUCACACAAGGGCUUGCUGAUAACAACUUGAGUUGGCCGAGUCUCGCCGAGUUGAGCGUGGAGUAGAAGGUGUCGAGUGAACUUGAGUCAGUGUCAUUCGCUGUAAUGAUCGCCCGGGCGGCCUUGUAGCUGUCUCAGAUGGAAUUCAGGGGAAAGACCAAGAGGAGGUGCGAUAAGAUUGAGCUUUCCAGAAUUUUGGGGAGGUGGCGCUUGUCGCAUUGCAAAACUUUUAUUUGUAUAUGUUGCAUGCUACUACCUCCUAAUCAAUAUGUCAUUCAAAUGAAGUAGAUGCAGCUCUUCAUAGAUAUUGUCACAUGUUCUGGUUUGCAGGUUAAAUAUUUGAUGCCCUCGUUUUGGUAAUGAGAGCAAUGCAAUAUUCUGAAGGUCACACAUGUGAGGGAAACUGGCACGUGUCUAUCUCUUAAGCUGGAAACUGCAAUUUGUGUUCUGAGCUAUGAGCUCCAAAUAAAUUAGUUUUCUCUGUUCUUCAAGUUGUUAUCUUAUUUUAGGAUUGGCAUCACUAAUAAUGCGGAGGGGUUUUUCCGUUCAAUAAAAUAUUAAAUUCCAAAUUCGUUACCAGUUUCUAUAAGUAUUGUACUGUUUUAUUAGAUUGUUGUUUGCCAUUUAUAUUAAUUUCCAUUCUUACCCACUUCCUCUGAUUGUAGCUCUUUGUGUGAAUCGGUUAGUUCAUCACCAGUCAGGUUUUUUAAAAUUUCAGGUAAGUAAAUUGAUAUGCAAUGUACAAUCAAUUGAUGAAUUGAUAAUUUGGUGUAGCAUGGAGAUCGAUCUCAUUGGUACAUAUAUUCUUCAGUUGGAAUAAGGCAAUCUGUGUGUUGUCUAUAAUCUCACACUUGAGUUUUGAGCACUGUUCUCACCUUCUUUACUUGAUAAAAAAAAUCAUUAUUCAACUUUGUUCUCUCAUGAUCACAUCGCAAGUUGUAUGGAUAUACUUUAAUAAUACAUUGCCCCAAAAGGUAAUUGGCUUUGACGUUCA